AUGUCCGGAGUUCAAAUUGGAGUCACGUGUCAGGAGUUGGCACAGAAGUACGGAAUCGACCUCCAGACCCUACAGGAGUCAGGAGAGCUCCAACACACUCUGGAAGUCAUGAAAACCCAAUACAAGGAAGACAUAAGGAAAGAGUUGAAGAUUAAAGAAGGAGCCGAAAAUCUCAGGAAAGCGACCACCGACAAGAAAUCGCUGGCGCACGUGAACUCUCUUGUGAAGCUUUCGAACACAAAGCUCAAUCGAUUGCAAGAACGCGUCAAUGAGCUAACGUCAGACAUCCUCGUUAUCGCGGGUCAGAUUAACUCGUCAGCUCCUUUGAAUCGAGUGAAGAAACGUGACGACAGCCCCCCUGGGGGCAGCACACCCAAGACCAGAAUGGCCAGCAACCAAGCCGGGCCAAUGGUCACCCUGGAGAAGCAGCUUGGUAUCGAGGAGAAGGUUAAGGAAGGCUUGGAAAACAUGAUUCGGAUGUACGCAUCAGGAUGUACCAAGGAUAAGAAAAUGCUGGCCAAGGCCGAACAGCUUCUUAUGGAUUCGAAAGCCAAAAUCGAGUACAUAAAGAUGAUCAUCCAGAAACAACAAACUCAAGCGGGUCAACAGCGGGAAGCGCCUUCGCGGACGGAGCUCCGCUACCAGGAGCUCAAACACCGAUUAAAAGUUGAAACCGCGGUUAUGGAAGGAGCGCGGAAUGUGAUUCGCUCCUGUAUAGACAAAAAGGUCAUGAACGAAGCUCAGGCCAGUCUCGUCGAAUCCAGUCAGAAGAUUGACUUGAUACGAAAAGCCAUCGAACUGUUGGAAACUGCAAUCGAUCGGACCUCCCUGAGCACCAGUGACCCCCAGUCACCGACUUCGGUCGCGUCUUUGUCGUCAGUUACAUCGUAUGAAUUGCCGAAACCGAACGCUGUGACCGGACAGCUGCAAGUUCGCCUCAUGGGCUGUCAAAACCUCCUUGUUGAUGUUCCUGGUCGCCUACCACCGGUUCUACCCGCACGCAAUCCCCGUUCCUCACGAUCCUACGAGAUUAAAGGAGAUCUCUCUAAUGAGAUAUACGCAAUACUCAAGUUGGACAACAUUGUUGCCGGUCAGACGCAUGCAAAACCUUGUUCUCAGCAGGCGUGGGACCAACGUUUCACGGUGGAUCUGGAAAAAUCCCGCGAGUUGGAGCUGCAGGUUUUCUGGAAGGACUGGCGUGGAAUGUGUGGUUUGAAGUACGUCCGCUUAGACGAGUUUGUCGGAGAGGACAGACACGGAAUGGCGAUCGAGCUGGAACCGCAAGGGGUUAUAUUCGCCGAAAUCCGAUUCAUCAACCCUAUCAUCGACAGCAAGCCCAAGCUGAUUCGUCAGAAGAAAAUGUUUAUUGAAAGAAGUAAACCUCGUCCCGCGGGCCUGGACAUUUUCACAUGGCUCCGUUUGCACACGUACGAUCAAGCGGAGAACAAUGGUCAUCAUCGCACACAAUUCCCCCGUUCACCGAGGACAGUAGCAACUUCGAUGCCUCCCGUGCCGACGGAAAAAAGUUCCACUUCGUCUUCGGCCACGUCCUCUCACGAACCAUCGCCACAGCCAAUCGUCGAAGCUCCCGUCGGCUCCCUCGAGGAUCUAAACCUUAGCAACAACAAUAACAACAAUCGUCGGGGCAGUCAAGGCAUUCCAGAUAAGCUGUCGAUCCACUCUUUGAGCACUCACUCGUUGGAGGCUUUGUCAGCUCCCUCGACACCUCCGGUGUCAUCAUCGACGUCUGCGGUGGUUUCCUCACAACAGCUGCUCCAGCUGACCGAUUUCCAGAUGCUCAAAGUUCUGGGGAGAGGACAUUUCGGAAAAGUUAUUUUGUCGAAACACCAAGCCACCAACGAGUACUACGCCAUCAAAGCCCUGAAGAAAGCCGACAUCCUCGCCCGUGACGAACUCGAGUCGUUACUCGCAGAAAAACGGAUUUUCCAGGUGGCGAACGCGACGAAACAUCCAUUCCUGAUCAACCUUCACGCGUGUUUCCAAACAGGAGAACACGUCUGUUUCGUUAUGGAGUACGCUUGCGGCGGAGAUCUUAUGAUGCACAUCCACACCGAUAUUUUCAACGAGCCUCGAGCAGUAUUUUACGCGGCGUGCGUCGUCCUGGGCCUCGAGUAUUUACACGACAACAAGAUCAUCUACAGAGACCUGAAACUCGACAAUCUCCUACUGGAUAAAGACGGCUACGUUAAAAUCGCCGAUUUCGGCCUCUGCAAGGAAGGGAUGGGCUACGGCGACAGGACGGGAACGUUCUGUGGAACACCGGAGUUCCUUGCGCCCGAAGUGCUCACCGACACCUCAUAUACGCGAGCCGUCGACUGGUGGGGCCUCGGGGUACUCAUUUUCGAAAUGUUAGUUGGGGAGUCGCCUUUCCCGGGCGAUGACGAAGAGGAAGUUUUCGACUCCAUCGUCAACGAUGAAGUCAGAUACCCGAGGUUCCUCUCAAUCGAACCGAUCGCUAUUAUGCGGCGACUUCUGCGGAAAAACCCCGACAAGCGACUCGGUGCUUCUGAGAGGGAUGCACAGGACGUCAAGAAGCAGGCGUUCUUCAGAAACAUCAACUGGGAAGACUUACUGUCCAAGCGCAUGAAGCCUCCAUUCGUUCCAACGGUCCGUAACAUGGAGGACGUUUCGAACUUCGACUCAGAGUUCACUCAGGAGCGACCGGAACUCACACCCCCGAAGGAGAACCGCAACGCCCUGACCGUGAAAGACCAACGACAGUUUGACAACUUCACCUUCAUGGGUGACUGGUGCUAAACAGCCAAAAUCUCGCGGUGAGCGAGCUUUAACCCAUGAAACCACGACCUGAGCAUCGACUACUAGGUCUCAAAGAAUCCAACAAAAAUCCAACAAACGAGGGGCUCGUUGUUCAUACAGCGCUCCGAAAGUUGCCUACAUCGAAAAUGUGAAAACCUCCCGAGACGAUGUAUGAUGACAUUCACGAUCGAUCAAAGCACACAUCGUGAAUACGUGUGAGGAAGAACGAGAACGUCAUACGGAUGAAGCGGCAAGCAUACCGAAAGCGAAAUCAUCGACACCUGUAUCAUCAUAAUCAUCAAAACAGAAGGACACGGCACGUCUUCGCAUGAUGAACCUCUUCUCGACAAGAACGACGACGACCAUCGUUUCGGCGGUUAGGUCCGAUGAUUUUUCCCGUAUCGCGCACGUUCCUGUUGUUGUUCAUUGGAAACUCGUUCCGACUGAGAAGAUAUGGAAUUUUCCUCCUUUCCCUCCGGAUGAUUACCCUCCGUGCGUGCGCGUGUCGAGCACAAUUGCACACAGCUAAACACAAUUGACUUAAGAGUCUUCGUGUUAGGAAGAAAAUUAAACUGUUUGUGUGAGCGCAUUAGGUAACUCUAGGCUUUGGAGAAAGAUCGAACAAUGAAUACGAA